AUGACGAUAACAGAUCGACUACAUGGAAUGAAUGAUGUUAUAGGUCAAAAACCGGUCACUGCUUCGUCACCUGUAAUUGAUUUUAAUGCUAGUGAUGAAGACAGUUGGCUCUUUGAAGAAUACAGUCGUGAAGAUGCAAUUAAUGCAUUACAAAAUCAAUCAGAUGGUACAUUUCUUGUACGUCCCAGUGGAACGAUAAAAGGCGAUCUUGUUCUUUGUGUUAAGUAUGGUUCAAAAGUAAGUCAUUAUAUAAUCAAUGUUACUCAAGAAGUAUCUAAGUCGAUAUAUAAAAUUGGUGAUAAAACAUUUUCAAGUAUGAAAGAACUUUUAACUUUUUAUAAACAACGUUUACUUGAUACAUCACCACUUACUCGAAUUCAUCCAAAAUCAAGAGUACGAUCGAAAUAUAAAUUUGAUGGCAAGGAUGAUGAAGAUUUACCAUUUAAAAAAGGACAAAUUUUAAUGAUUAUUAGAAAAGUUGAACCAUUAUGGUGGCUUGCAAGAAAUAGCUCUGGAGAUAAAGGCAUGAUUCCUGCUAAUUAUGUGGAAUAUAUUCGAGACGACGUCUGA